GCAGGGGAGGCGUGGAUCUCGCUCACUUUUGACAUUCUCGUAGCAGUAGUAGCUUCUCCUCAAGGCAGGACUCAGAUGACACCACCCCGCCACCGAUCGGAGCACAAACAAGGCAGGCUCUCUCUCCCUUCUCUGCGGCUGAACUAUGUUUUGACACCGGGACGUGUCCAGGGGUUUACCAGAUGAAUCUGAACACCGGGGUGCUUUUCGCGUCUUCACAGUAGCCGUGGGAAUAUUUUAAGAACAGUCUAGCCCAGACUCUCGCACCCACGGAGCGCCGGUGGCGGAAUGUGAAAACCCCAUUUUUGGCGCAUGUUCUUCCCCAUUGUGCACAGCCUUCUCCUGCUUUCUGCGCGGUUGGAAAGCGGAGGAGGAGGUGGAGGAGGGACGCCUUUUCCCGACUCGAUCCCUUGCCUAUGGACGACGGCGGUCCCCUCUCUCCAAAGGCAAAUGCUUUCAGUAUUGCCUCUCUGAUUUCGGCUGCAGAGCAAGCAGGAAACGCAGCGUUUGACAAACAGAGCACCGGCCUGGACAAGCCAGACCUACACAACCACAGUUCCUUUAAAAUGCACUACAGCACUGUCACCCGGGAAAUGGAAGCCAUAUCCAGUCCGUGGCUGACGCAGCUGUCCCAUUUUUGCGAUGUUGCAGCCUUCACGACGAGCAGCCUGAGCAGCCUCAACACGCCGGGGGGCUACCACCUCUCGCCGUCCCCCGGGGACCCCUACAGCCAACAUGAGUCCCACUUCGAGCCCUGCCCGGCGGCCCAGCACAACUACAACUACCCGGGGUCUAACCCGGGCCAGGCCCCGCCGAGUGACAACGGGACUCCCAACUGCUCCUCGUCGUCCUCCAAUUCCACGCCGAACAGCAAAACUAUCGUGAAGAAGAACCCCAAAGUGGCCAACAUUAACGUCCAGCUGGAGAUGAAAGCUUUAUGGGACGAGUUUAAUCAGCUGGGCACGGAGAUGAUCGUUACCAAGGCUGGCAGGAGAAUGUUUCCAACUUUCCAAGUGAAAAUAUUUGGGAUGGAUCCCAUGGCGGACUACAUGCUCCUGAUGGACUUCCUGCCUGUGGACGACAAACGUUACAGGUACGCUUUCCACAGCUCAUCGUGGCUGGUUGCCGGUAAAGCGGACCCCGCCACACCGGGCAGGGUCCACUACCACCCGGACUCUCCGGCCAAGGGCGCCCAGUGGAUGAAGCAGAUUGUCUCUUUUGAUAAACUUAAACUCACCAACAACCUGCUGGAUGACAACGGCCAUAUCAUUCUGAACUCCAUGCACCGCUACCAGCCCAGGUUCCAUGUGGUCUACGUGGACCCCCGCAAGGACAGCGAGAAAUAUGCCGAAGAGAAUUACAAAACCUUCGUUUUUGAGGAAACCCGCUUCACAGCGGUCACAGCGUACCAGAACCACCGGAUCACACAGCUGAAGAUAGCCAGCAAUCCCUUUGCAAAAGGCUUCAGGGACUGCGACCCAGAGGACUGGCCCAGGAAUCACAGGCCAGGCUCUCUGCCAAUAAUGAGUGCCUUUGCCAGAACAAGAAACCCAAUGUCAUCUCCCUCUCAGCAGAACGGCACAGAGAAAGAGGACAGUAGGCGGGAGUACGAGCGGGACCCCAGCGGCACGCCUAUACACGCCGACCCAGCUCACCAACUGAUGUCCCGGGUCCUCAGCCCCGCCUUGCCCGUCCCAGGAGGCCUCCACGCCGUCCCGCUCACCGGUGGACGACCCAGCCCUCCCCAUGACCUUCGGUCAGACCCCCAUCCUCUACCCCCGGACACCCUGCACCACCACCCUUACAAGUACCCCACCACCUAUGAACACUACCUGGGAGCCAAGACCAGGCCGUCGCCCUAUCCUUUACCCACUAUCAGAGGACACACGUACCACCACCACAUGAACCCAGCCACAGCUAACAUGUACUCAGCCACCAGUGGCCCCUCUAACUAUGACUACGGGCCCAGAUAA